GUUUCGCUCUGCUACCCUUUCUCUCGGCGGUGGGUCGGAGCCGCUGCUGUCCCUGGCCUCGCAUGUUUCCCCUCUAAAUUCCUGCGUUAAAAUUCGGUGCCCCUCUUUUUUGAUUUGAUCCACGAACACGCCUCUGUCGGGCCGCAGCUGCUGUCUAAUUUAACCCCCCCUAAUAUUCGGCGUUUGGAGACUUAAAAUACACCCGAGCAUGGCCGUGGUGAGCGGAUCGUCUGGGCCGGUUGCCCGGCUCGAGGGCCGUGAAUUCGAAUACAUGAUGAAGAAGCGCUCGGUGACCAUCGGUCGGAACUCGUCCCAGGGCUCCGUGGACGUGAGCAUGGGCCACUCCAGCUUCAUCUCGCGCCGGCACCUGGAGAUAUUCACCGCCAGCGACGACGGCACCGGCAGCGGCGACUUUUACCUGAGGUGUCUCGGUAAAAACGGGGUGUUUGUGGAUGGAGUGUUCCUCAGACGGGGCGCCCCUCCUCUGCAGCUACCGCGAAUGUGCACGUUCAGGUUUCCCAGCACAAACAUCAAGAUCACAUUCACGGCGCUGUCGAGCGGGAAGAAGGCGAGGCGUGACGCUCCGGAGUCCCCCGUGAAGCCAGUGCAGCCGCAGAUCUCCCCGCUGACCAUCAACAUUCCAGACAACAUCGCUCACCUAAUGAGCCCACUGCCGUCGCCAACUGGCACCAUCAGUGCUGCUAACUCGUGCCCCUCCAGCCCACGCGGCGCUGGAUCCUCGGGCUACAGGAUGGGCGGUCGCAUGGUCAGCUCUGCAGAGCUGCAGCUUUUAAACGACAACUCCCAGCCCGAGAACGACAAAGACGCCUCCGGAGGAGACAGUCCAAAGGAUGACUCCAAACCUCCGUACUCCUAUGCACAGCUGAUAGUCCAGGCCAUAACGCUGGCCACGGACAAGCAGCUCACACUAAACGGAAUUUACAAUCACAUCACAAAGAAUUAUCCUUACUACAGGACUGCAGACAAGGGCUGGCAGAACUCGAUCCGUCACAAUCUUUCGUUGAACCGUUAUUUCAUUAAAGUGGCGCGGUCGCAGGAGGAGCCCGGCAAAGGCUCGUUCUGGAGGAUAGACCCGUCCUCGGAGGGGAAGCUCAUCGAGCAGGCGUUCAGGAAACGAAGGCCCCGCGGUGUCCCCUGCUUCAGGACCCCGCACGGACCCCUCUCCUCCAGGAGUGCACCGGCGUCUCCCAAUCACUCGGGGGUGCUCUCCGCUCACUCCAGCGGCGUCCAGACCCCCGACAGCCUAUCACGGGAAGGCUCCCCGGUUCCGCUGGAGCUGGACACGUCCGCCGCCGCUCCCGUUCCGACGACCGCCACCGCAGUGGUCCAGCCCAAACUGGCAGUCAUCCAGGAAGCACGCUUUGCACAAAACACAUCAGGCUCGCCUGUGAACAGCCAGCCGGUUCUCAUAGCAGUCCAGCGUCAGUUACCUCAAACCAUCAAGCCGGUGACGUACACCAUGGCGUCCCCGGUGAGCACCAGCGCCUCGCAGCCCGCAGUCCAGACGGUCCACGUCCUGCAGCAGAUCCCCUCUGCCGUCAUCGCUCAGCCAGCCACCAUCAUCAAGAGCGAGCCGCAGGAGAAUGGAGAGCACACAGAGGUCAAAGUCAAAGUGGAGACAAUUCCCACCAUCACCUCUAUAGGCGGCUCCAGUCGCAUCAUCCAGAGCUCCCAGUCAGCCACGCCCCUGCAGACUGUUACCAUAGUGCAGGCUCCCCUGGGUCAGCACCAGCUGCCCAUCAAGGCCAUCACGCAGAACGGCACCCACAGCAUCACCACUGCCCUCCAGGGAGCUGUCAGCUCAGCUCCCGCCGCGGCGAGCCCCCUCCACCUGCUGGCAGACCACGCCUCCGCCUCCGCCUCCCUCCCCACCAAACGGCAGAACGGUGACCAGCAGGCGAGCGAACAGCCGGACGCCAAGCGCAUCAAAACGGACGCCGGUGCAGACUCGGACUCGUCGGCAGCAAACGACCAAGGCAGCCUUCCCAACUAAUCUGCAGCACCACACGCACCAACACCACCACGUCUCCCACCCCUCUCUCCCCUCUUGUUUUUUUUUUGUUUGUUUCUCCUGCUUCUCCCACCGACUCCAGUCGUGCCAAACGGAGAGGAUUCUUAUCAUUUUUCCACCUUUUAUCUUUGCUGGAGCGUCAGAAGGGAAGAAAAAAUAAAUAACGUGCAUCCUCCCUGAAAGACUGGAACUCAAAAGGUUCCUCCCCCCCUCUCCCACCCUCUGUGAGCCGCUAAAACAGGAGAGUGACUAAACCACGACCACAGGAAGCCUUAACAACGACCGGGAGCCGACAUGUGACGCGUCGUCGUCGUCGCGCGGUCAAAGCGGCGACGGGGGAGACUGAGCUCGGGCUGGACGCCAAACCUUUCUGUCGCAUCUACCUCAGAGCAGACGGGAGACUCCGGCGCCCUCCUCAGUCCACGAGUGCCAGCGACGAGCAUUUAAAAGGAAAAAACUUAACAGUAGUAAUAAUAAUAAUGAUGAUAAAUAUUAAACGGUCAUCGCGUUCAGAAAGGGAUCAACUCGGAGCCAAUAUUCCUGAAACUCUGGCAGCUAGCCUCUCACGACACUGACCUUCCAUUUAUCGCAGCAGCUGUACGUAGAUAAUGCAGUAUUUUGUCGUUCAACACGUGGAUGCAUAGGAAUUUUUCAAAAACAAAAAAAACACCUGUAUUUUCACCUCAUCGAGAUUUAAAUAAUAAUUUAAUUAAAGGAAGUGUUCAAAUCGGUUAUUACACUUGCGUUUUUUCUUUCGUUUCCAAAUGUGAACUUUUCCGUUUGUGACGCGAUGAAAUAGUUUUCGCACUCUUUCUUUCUCACUCUUCCGUUCUUUCUUUCUUUCCCCCCGUACGAGAUACCGUAUACCUUUACAUAUUUUAAUACUUGCACAGAUUAACCCGUAUAAGCAUAUGAAACCUCCAUGUGUAGUUCCAGAUGUUGACGUUGCAUGUAACUGACAGAGAAACUGUAAAACUGUACGUUGAACCUGAGGAAGAAUAAGACAAAAAAAAGUAGAAGAAAAAACAACCAAGACCCGCUUUGUUCAGAAAAACCCGACCUGCACUUGACGAAACGUUCGUGUUUUCAUUUCCUUUUCAUUUCUUUAAAUGUUCCUCUUCUUCUUCCUCCUUUUCUUCACGUUCCCGGCCGUGUUGACGUUGUGGUGUUGGCAGACCCCGCCCACCUUCACCCACACGCCCCACCCACCAAACCAAAACCAACCCCACCCCCCCUUCCCUCCGUCUUUUACUCGAUUAUUUUACUCCGCUCUGGCGACGCGACGAGUCCGUUUUCUGAUCGUUCCAAAAACAGUAGUAAA